GUCUCUGUGUCUCUCUCUCUGUGUCUCUGUGUCUCCGCGUGUCCACGUAGGAGCGGCUACUUCCACAUCUCCCCGUGUGAAGUCACCGCUCCUGGCACGGAGGUUCACAUUCAGCUCCGUGGGGAGCAUCGGGAGUUCGCUCGCGAGGAGCGAGUCAAAGCCAUCCUCAUGAAGUACACCAACUUCAUAAGGACUCCACUGUUCCUGAACGGCACUCAGAUCAACACCCUACCGGCCUUGUGGGAUCUGCCUGCCAGCGCUGUGUCCGAGAGUGACCACUCAGCCCUCUUCAACUUACUGACGCACGGAACAACAUCAACAACAACAUCAACAACAUCAUCAACAACAUCAUCAACAACAACAUCAACAACAUCAUCGCCACCACGCUUCACGCUUCACUACCGCACGGACUCACCGCUGGACAUCCGCGCUGUCUUAUACACUCCUGUCACUCGUCCGUCCAUAUUUGGCGGAGACUCUGACAAGGAGGGAGCUGUGAGCCUCUAUUCACACAGAGUUCUCAUCCAUCGCUCCUCCAGCGCAGUCUUACCACGCUGGUUACGCUUCCUACACGGAGUGGUGGAGAGCGAUGACAUUCCACUCAACCUCAGCAGGGAACUUCUCCAGGAGAGUUCUCUCGUGAGGAGAGUAGGUUCCGUGCUAGAGGUCCGCUACCUGCGUCACCUGGCUGAGCGGAUGAAGCGAGACCCCCAGGCCUAUGACGAUUUCUUCGCUGAGUUUGGAGUCUUCCUUAGGGAGGGUCUCAUCACGAGCACGGACUCACAAGUCAAGGAACAGAUUGGCGGUGUGCUCCGCUUCGAGUCGUCCGACCUGCCGGCUGGCACCCUCACCAGCCUGCCGGAGCUGCUCACCCGGUGGCGAGCAGCUCACCAUGGGGAGGCCCACAUUUAUUACCUUUGUGCUCCCAGUCGGCAGCUGGCUGAGAGUUCUCCGUACUAUGAAGCCCUACGGAGCAAGGCCAAGACAGAGGUGCUGCUGUGCUAUGACCCCUACGAUGAGCUGACGCUGCUUCACCUGGGAAGCUUCUCCGGGAGGCGACUCCUAUCAGUGGAGACAGAUAUUGUGGUGGACCACUACAAGGAGAACCCUCACCCACAGCCUCACCACGCACACUCACCAGCUUCAGACUCCCUCACUGAAGAGCAGAGCCGCGAUCUGAUUGGUUGGAUGAAAGGCAUUCUGGGUAACCAGGUGUCAGACAUUCGGGUGACGCUACGUCUAGACCUACACGCUGCCAUGGUGACCCUGCUAGAGAUGGGUGCCGCUCGCCACCUCCUACGCACCCACAACCUCCUGCAACAGGCGGGCUCCGUCGCCACGGCAACCGCAACAACAGCCACAACAGCCACAGCAACAACCACAGCAGCACCACCGCCACCACCACCGACAGCGAUUCCGGGGAUACAGCCGGUCCUGGAGAUUAACCCUAGCCAUUCGUUGAUCCGAGUGCUGAACUCGGCACGGGAAUCUGACCCAGAGCUUGCUUCACUACUCGCCCAGCAGAUCUAUGACAAUGCGAUGAUCACGGCGGGUCUCUACGGAGACGCUCGACUGAUGGUCUCACGUCUCAACAGGCUCCUCGAGCGAGCACUCAAACACACUCGCUCCUAGCGGGGCCUUGCUGACACACUCGCUCCUAGCGGGGCCUUGCUGACACACUCGCUCCUAGCGGGGCCUCGCUGACACACUCGCUCCUAGCGGAGCCUCGCUGACACACUCGCUCCUAGCGGGGCCUCGCUGACACACUCGCUCCUAGUGGGGCCUUGCUGACACACUCGCUCCUAGUGGGGCCUCGCUGACACACUCGCUCCUAGCGGGGCCUUGCUGACACACUCGCUCCUAGCGGGGCCUUGCUGACACACUCGCUCCUAGUGGGGCCUCGCUGACACACUCGCUCCUAGUGAGGCCUCGCUGACACACUCGCUCCUAGUGGGGCCUCGCUGACACACUCGCUCCUAGCGGGGCCUUGCUGACACACUCGCUCCUAGUGGGGCCUCGCUGACACACUCGCUCCUAGCGGGGCCUUGCUGACACACUCGCUCCUAGCGGGGCCUUGCUGACACACUCGCUCCUAGUGGGGCCUCGCUGACACACUCGCUCCUAGUGAGGCCUCGCUGACACACUCGCUCCUAGUGGGGCCUCGCUGACACACUCGCUCCUAGCGGGGCCUUGCUGACACACUCGCUCCUAGUGGGGCCUCGCUGACACACUCGCUCCUAGCGGGGCCUUGCUGACACACUCGCUACUAGUGGGGCCUCGCUGACACACUCGCUCCUAGCGGGGCCUUGCUGACACACUCGCUCCUAGUGGGGCCUCGCUGACACACUCGCUCCUAGCGGGGCCUUGCUGACACACUCGCUCCUAGUGGGGCCUUGCUGACACACUCGCUCCUAGUGGGGCCUUGC